AUGUCCCUGCAUAGCGAUACUUCCGAAGAUUUAUCGCGCAACUCUACCGAGAUGGGACUGCCUCCGAUCAACUUUGUCGAUGACAAAUAUCCCUACUGCAUCGUCUGGACACCGAUCCCAGUUCUGACUUGGUUUUUCCCGUUCAUCGGUCACAUGGGUAUCGCAAUGUCGAACGGUGUUAUACGUGACUUUGCCGGACCAUAUUUCGUUUCCGAGGAUAAUAUGGGCUUCGGACGACCAACGCGGUAUUUGCGCCUGCAUCCGGCGCAAGCCUUCGGAGGUUCACAGAACUGGGACGAAUCGGUAAUCAAGGCGUCGGCCACGUACAGUGCGAGAAUGCAUAACCUGUUCUGCGACAACUGCCAUUCGCACGUCGGAAUGGCUUUGGCGCUGAUGCGAUACAAGGAGUACAGCAACUGGAACAUGGUGGUGCUUGCGUUCUGGAUGUUUUUCAGAGGAAAGUACGUAGGCGUGCGAGGAUUCCUCAAAACCUGGAUACCGUUUCUGAUCAUACUGACGAUUUGCGCGCUGGUCGCAAUGUACUCUAAGUGGACUAUCUAA